AUGUAGAAAGAGCAGGGUGAAAGCGCACUUUGGUGCAUCAAUGGGAGAACCCACACGUAAUAAAGUAGAGAAGCUGAGCAACAAGUUACUCUGCCGAUGGCAUUCUAUUACCGCACUUAUCGUCCUCUUCCCAUUUGCCUUUGGCGGCGAUAUCUUUCUUCUUCUUCUUCUUUUUCAUCCAAAAUUCCUCUUCUUUGGGACUCAAAAUCCACCGACUCUGUCAACGUCCAACUCUAUUCCUGGGGACGUGGUGCCUCUGGCCAAUUAGGUGGCGGUAUUGAAGAAAUUCGAAUAUACCCAUCUCCUAUUGCUUCUUUUUCUCUUUCUCCCAAUUUCCAACUAUCUUCUCCUAUUCCUGGUCGUCUUCCGUCUGAUGACGGGCAGGCGGUGGAUGUUGAAAUAGGAAUUUCUUGUGGACUUUUCCAUUCAGCUUUAUUAGUUGAUGGGAAUUUAUGGAUUUGGGGUAAAGGUGAUGGGGGUCGUCUUGGGUUUGGACAUGAGAACCCUGUUUUUGUUCCCACUUUGAAUGAGCAUUUGGAUUCUGUUACAAGUGUUGCUCUUGGUGGACUUCAUUCUGUUGCUCUGAACUCUCUUGGCCAAGUCUUUACUUGGGGUUACGGUGGUUUUGGUGCUCUUGGCCAUAGAGUUUAUCAUAGAGAGCUGGUCCCUAGAUUAGUUGAGGGCUCUUGGGAUGCAGAAAUAUGUCACGUUGCAACCAGUGGGACACAUACAGCUGCUAUAACAAAAUCAGGUGAGCUUUAUACUUGGGGUCGAGAUGAAGGGGAUGGUCGAUUGGGCCUUGGUCCAGGUCGAGGCCCAAAUGAAGCAGGUGGUCUUAGCAUCCCCUCGAAAGUAAAAUCCCUUCCUGCAAGUGUAGCUGCUGUUUCAUGUGGUGGGUUUUUCACAAUGGCCCUUUUAGAAGAGGGAGAGCUUUGGAAUUGGGGAGCCAAUUCGAACUAUGAGCUCGGAAGAGGUGACAAAUUAAGUGGUUGGAAACCACAACUAGUUCCAAGCCUUAAAGGUGUUCGUGUUACUCAGAUAGCUAGUGGGGGAUAUCAUUCUCUAGCUUUGACGGAUAAAGGAGAAGUGCUUUCAUGGGGUCAUGGAGGCCAUGGUCAACUGGGUACUUCUUCUCUUCAAAACCAGAAAGUUCCUAUCCCGGUUGAGGCUUUGGCCCAUGAGAAAGUCGUCUAUAUAGCUUGUGGAGGUUCAUCGUCAGCAGCUAUAACGGAUGGUGGGAAACUGUACAUGUGGGGCUAUGCAAAAGAUUGUCAAUUGGGUGUUCCAGGACUGCCAGAGAAACAGUCAUCUCCUAUUGAAGUCAAGUUUCUUAUGGAGGAUGAUGGACUUGGGAACCAUAACGUGCUUUCACUAGCUAUCGGUGCUUCUCAUGCCAUGUGCUUGGUUUCCAGGUCAGGUUACUGAAAGGUUGAAAAAGGAUCACUCUGGUUGUAUAAUGACUCAAUAGUGAUAAGGCAAUUUUAUGCAGCCUUUUAUCUGGUAAAAUACCAGGAAAAAUAGAGUUUAGGCCCUUGGGGAAGGUUAUUGUUCCAGGAACUUUAGUCUCACCUAACAAGAGAUCUCCACAGUUUUGAGUUUUUUCUUGCCUUGGUACUCUGAAAUAAACGUUGAUGCUUUUAAUCACCAAUGUAGCGGCUAGGAUUAGGCACAGCAUGUGCGCCUUACCAUUGCUCAUAUAGGUUUAUGACGAAGCAGCUUUUGAGCUCUGAAUGCUGUAAAGAAAUAACCACCUAGGAAAUGUUUCACAUCCUCUUGGUUAGGUCUCAUCAUGAUGAUGUUUUCCUUGACAUGGUGAUGUUUGUAAGUGGUGAACCUGAGACAGAAGAGAAUACCGGCUGCUAACGCUUCUGCAUUUGUUUGUUUGUAGAAAAUGCUAUUUGAGUUGAUAUUUGCAAAAGCCCAUUUUGAUGAUUCA